CUUUCUACCACCCUGGACCUUCCACAGAUAUAUAAACCUCCUUUGCUUAGUUUUUCCAAUAUACCUCACAAUCUCUGAGGAUGCCUGCCAUAGAUGUGGGCGAGAGGUCAGGAGAGAAUGAUUCUAGGACAUGGCCAUACAGCCCGAAAAACUCACAAGAACCCUGUGAAAGAGUUCGACGACACAGUCUUUUGUGUUCCUGGCUUUUCACACGUCACGAGCUGGCCCUGGAUUCACGGGUUGCAGCGUGUCCAAGAAGGAAAAGUUUGGCGCCUUGCUCGCUUCGGUUCUGGGGGCUUCCCUUUGGAGGCGGGGCCUGGGAGGGCGGCGCCCUGGGCGGGAGGCAGCUCAGCUGGGGCUGCAGAAGGGAAGGACGGGCAGGCACAGCGAGGGGAAGCGCCCGAGGAGCAGCAGCAGGAGGAGGAAGAAGAGAAGAAGAAGACUUUGGGCUCAGGCAGCCCCUGCUGGGGAUACGGCACCGAGCAUCUUCUCCCUCCAGCGCCAUGGGAGGCUCCGGCUCCAGCCUCCUGGACGAGAGCAAGUGCACCUACAUCCGAGGAAAGACAGAAGCUGUAAUCAAGAAUUUCAGCCCACACUAUAAACGCCAGUAUGCUGUGUCCUUCUGCAAGCACAUCCAGAAUGAACUGGAACAAAACAGAGACCUCCAGUCCCAGUUCUUGAAAACAAAGCCUCCUUCAGAAUCCAGUGUGGUCUUCUACGAAGGAGAAUCGUUACACUUUGCUGAAGACCUGAAGAAAUGGAAGGACAGAUACAUUGUGAUUAAAAACAACUAUGCUGUGGAGAGCUUUGAAAGCAAAGAGGCAUUCCAGAAGGGGCUUAGUGCUAAAAGCUGCAUUCUACCUGUGGGAGGCAAAGUACUUACUACAGAGGAAGAAUAUAACUUAUUAUCUGAUAAGCAUUUCCCAGAUCCUAAUGGUUCCAAUGACAAGGAGAAUGCCCCAACUUUUGUUGUUCUUCCAAAAGAAUUCCCAGUCUAUCUGUGGCAACCGUUCCUCAGACAUAGUUACUUCUGCUUUAUGGAUGCAGAGGCUCAGAAACGAUUGAGCACAGCACUGAAUGACUGCAUCAGACACCUAAACCAUGAUUUUUUCAAGCAGUCUUCAUUUGAAGCGCAAGCAUUUUUAGAAGCUGUUCAGUUUUUCCGCCAGGAAAAAGGUCACUAUGGGUCAUGGGAAAUGAUAACUGGAAAUGAAGUCCAGAUUCUCAGCAACCUUGUGAUGGAGGAGCUUUUGCCUAGCCUUCAGAGCAUGCUGCUUCCUAAGAUGAAAGGGAAGAAGAAUGACCGAAAGAGGGCAUGGUUCGGGAUAAUAGAAGAAACUUACCGUUUGGUUCAGGAUCAUGUUUCAGAGGGGUUACAUACUCUGAAAGAUGAAUGCAAAGAAGUUACCAAAGGCCUUGAAGGAACCAUUCGUUCAAACAUGGAUCAGAUUGUAACCUCCAAAAACUUUUUAGCUGGGAAAAUAAAAGGGAGCAUAUCUGAGUCUAUCCAGAAGUGUUGUGGUGAAAGCAUCCAGCCUUUUCUGGUUUCCAUACUGGAAGAGCUCAUGGGCCCUGUGAGCUCAGGAUUCAGUGAGGUCCGUCUUCUCUUUGAAAAAGAAGUCAAUACAAUUAGCGAAAGCUUUAAAGCAACAAAUGACAUCACAAAGUUAAAAGAGAAUGUGAUAGAACUGAUGAGGCUGCCUCACCAUUCUGUAAAAAUGGAGCCUUGCUAUCUGAAAGUCAACCUUCUUCAAGAGCAACUCCAGGACCUCAAGAGCCGCUUCAAAUUCUAUGACAUCGAUUUGAUUAUUCAGAGGACCCAAAAUUUAAUGCAGGAGCUUCUGGAAAAUGCAGUGUAUACCUUCGACCAGCUGCUGGGCCUGGACCAUGUCAAAGAUGUGCCCAAAUUGGCAGCAUCUAUUGAAAAAGUUAAACUUCGUGUCUUAAAGCAAUACGACUAUGAUAGCAGUACUGUCCGGAAGAAGAUCUUUCAGGAUGCCCUGGUCCAGAUCACCUUGCCCACCCUGCAACGGACACUGGCCUCCACCUGUAAACCAGUGCUUCAAGAAUACGAGGAAUACAUCUUUGCUGAGCAUAACAGUGUGAUACAAGUUGAAAAUGUCUAUGAAGAAAUUUUACUUCAGGCUUUGCUGGAUGAAACUCUACAAGUGAUAAAAGAGGCUGCACACUUAAAGAAACAUAACCUCUUUGAAGAAACAGGCCUGCCUUUUGAAAGUGUCUCCAGUCUGAUUGAUCUAAAAACUCCUUCAGGAUCAACCCAAACUAGCCCAGUGAGGAAACCAACCUCUAGUGUGAGAGAGGUCUUGGAUGCUGAUAUUCAGAAUAAUGAAGUUUUCACACCAGAACAAAACACUCUAGAGGAAUGCCAUGAGACUAGUAAGCCAUUGGAUGAUGAAAAGGAAUUCUCUUCUAAGAUAUCUAGCAUUGCUUCUGAAGCAAAGGAGAAAGUAAUCAUUCCGGAUCUCAGUAGCAAGCAGGAGUUACCCAGUAUGACACAAAAUGCUACAGAAGAACAGAGAGUCCCUCAACCAACAACUGUAAUAGAAGCAAAUGUAGAUGGAAGCACAGGGAUAGAAAAUACAGCAUCAGUGGAAGAGGAAAAACUCCCAGUACCUGGUGCUGUGGAUGAAAUAAGGAACUUACUAACUUUUACAGUUGAACUGCCAGUGGAUAUUCCAUCUGAGAACACUAAACAAGCUGUGCAUGAAUUUGAGACUUUGAAGCCACAGGAAUCUGCAGAAGAAACAGGCAAGGAGGACAGAGUGAAUGAUGGAAAAUGUCAAAAGCUUUCCAAGGUGUCUUUCUCUCUCCCUGCAGAAGGAAAUGAUACAAACAAAGCAAGUAUCUGUGAGGAAGGAAACUUUGCGAUUCAUAAGGAUCCUUCUGAAGUGUCUGGAGAACGGAGUGUUUGCCAACCAAAAGCAGAGCUGGAGGCAGUCAUGCAGUGUAUUGAUGUGGAGAGCUGCAAUGCUGAUGGCCACUUCCAGCCACAGCUACCUCCCCAAACUGGACAAUCUGACCAGAGUGAAGUAGGCCUCCCCUCUAUGCACAUUGUCUGCAUGGAUCGGGUACCACAAUUAGAAGAGUCUGCUGAAAGCGAAAUACUUAACCAAAAUAAAGAAGUAUUUUCUUCACUUCAUUAUGUCCCAUUCGGUGACAGUUGCCACGUAGGGCAACCUGCUGAAGAUAAUUUUCAAGAGGUAAAACUCUCUUCUCCUCCAUCUGAGUCUAAGGAAGUUCAUGCACCAUCAAUCUCAGGUUAUCCCGCUGAAACACAGGAGUCCAUCUUGAAUAUUGCAAAUCUAACAAUAGUCCCAGUUGAUCAGCCAGUUUCCCCAAAACUGAAAGAAGGUGAGAUUAGCAAUCUGGAAGGAGUAGUGGGGAUGGACAACAAAACUUUCAAUCACAUUCAAGGAGAUGAUUGUAAACAAGCAGAUGUGUCCUUUCCAGAUGAAGAUUAUGUGAAUAUGGCAGAAAGUGAAGGAGAUAGGUGGGCAAAAUCGGAUGGAGCAAUUGACCCAACAGUAGACCCAACUGAUCAGCUAGGUACUCCAGAACUAAAAGAAAGUGAGAUUAGCAAUCUGGAAGGAGUUGUGGAAGUGGACAACAAACCUUUUGAUCACAUUCAAGGAGAUGAUUGUAAACAAGCAGAUGUGUCCUUGCGAGAUGAAGAUUAUGUGAAUAUGGCAGAAAGUGAGGGAGACAGGUGGGCAAAAUCGGAUGGAGCAAUUGACCCAACAGUAGACCCAACUGAUCAGCCAGUUUCUCCAGAACUGAAAGAAAGUGAGAUUAGCACUCUGGAAGGAGUAGUGGAGAUUGACAACAAAAGUUUUGAUCAUAUUCAAGGAGACUAUUGUAAACAAGCAGAUGUGUCCUUGCCAGAUGCAGAUUAUGUGAAUAUGGCAGAAAGUGAAGGAGACAGGUGGGAAAAAUCGGAUGGAGCAAUAGACCCAACAGUAGACCCAACUGAUCAGCCAGUUACUCCAGAACUGAAAGAAAGUGAGAUUAGCAAUCUGGAAGCACUGGUAGUGAUAGAUAACAAAAUCUUCACUGUCAUUCAAGGAGAUGAUUGUAAACUGGCAGAAGUGUCCUUGCCAAAUGAAGAUUACGUGAACAUGGCAGAAGGUGAAAAAGGCGGAUGGGAAAUAUCCAAGGGAAGCAAUCUUGAAUUCCAGUCUGAGAAGUAAAAAAACAGAUUAUCUGAGGAAUCUAAAAUCUCAAACUGAGGUCAAUAUGAUCAGAAUCACCUUAAAAAUUUGAGUUGAGAUAUUCAAAUGAAAACAUCUUUAUUGGAAAGCACGCACAUUCCUGUUCUUCAGGUCUUUGAGAAUGCUGGUGGUCUGAAAAAAUUCUCCUGUCUCUUCUGACAACAUGGAAGUUGCCCAUCAAAAGUUGUCAACAGCAUGGUUCAUACUUACAUGCUCUGUCAGUGAUAAACUGAUAGAACCUUUUAAACUUUUCAAAUUCCUCAUUAAUAGAAUUUGUUGAGAACUUUCAUUGUAACUGUUUGUAAUGAAUUAGUCUGUCAUGUGGGUAAGGAUUUCAAGGAAGUGAGAGCAGAAUUUAGAAUGAAAGGCUUAAACCAAAUAUAGUUUAGGGAGAAUAAAUCUGGUCUGAAACAUGCUGGUAUGAAACAGAUGAGAAUCUUCAGCGAUAGGGUGAAGUGAUUUGCUUACUGAAAUCUUGCACUGUGUAAUAGUGCUUAUAUAGCUGUGACCUUUAUGAGCUGAAUUAUUCUUUCUGUAUUUAAAAGCUUUUGGCAGAGAUUUGACCAUAGAGUCCUUUUUAAUUGUUGCAAUAUUUAAAUGACCAGAAUAGUUGAAGCAGGUUUCUCUGUCCCUCCUCCUCAACUUUUGCACCUUUUGCAGGGCACUUUAGAAAUUGUCCCCAAAGAGAAUGAUAACCAUUCACAAUAAUUCGUAACUGUAUUUAUUCCAAAGUGCCUUAACCAAGACUUUGUCUAUGAAAGAACCACAAUCCAGUGGGGCAAACUUCAGUGACGAGGCAGUCCAUGUUUUGUCCACAGAAGAGUAGAAUUAUGUAAACUUUAGUAAACAUUAUGCUAAUUAAGUGAAUUUUGCCAUGUCUUUGGGCCAUGAAAAUGGUAGCCAAAAUCAGGGUUGCUUCUUAAUGGGUUACUACCUACACAUUUUUCUUGGAUCUUUAUAUGUAGGCUAUAAUUUUUGGGCUAUAAUUAUAUAAUUAUAUGUGGGCUAUAAUUUUACUAUUUCUAAAAAAAGGAUUCAGGAGAGGGCACAGGACUAUCCCAUAGCAGACCCAGAGAUUCCCUAGUCAACCCUUCUUUCCUGGAGGCCAAAGCCACAAAUAUUUGGUAGGAGAACUCAUUUGGAUUACAUCUAGCCCUUGCUUGAUGGAGCCAAUACGGUGUUGCACCCUGAGUGUUUUGAACCAGGAACCUCAAAAGACCAGGCUUCGAAUCUCUGCUCAGCCAUGGAAACCCACUGGGUAACAUUGGGCAAGUCACACUCUCUUGGCCUCUGAGACAUGUCACAGCAAGUCCCUUCUGAGCAGAUCUUGUCAAGAAAACCUUUUCCUGUACUCCCUUUGUCCUCCAGCAGCUGGAUGGCCAUCUGUUGGGGGUGCUUUGAUUGAGUUUUUCCUGUAUGGAAGGGGUUGGACUGGAUGGCCCAUGUGGUCUCUUCCAGCUCUAUUAUUCUUCUGGAGGAAUUCUCCAAUUCUUUCAGAGCAAGUUGGAAAGUGCAGCAAGGAAAGGCAUCUCAUUCAGCCCAUGCUAUUUGUUCCUCUUACAGAUGAUCAUUUGUGGAUACAACUCUAGGAAUAUUUAAGUUGAUACACUUUUUUACAUUGAGGUACAAAAUAGUGAAACUAAUUAACAGUAAUUAACAAAUAACGCUAUUCCUGCAUUAAAACUAAACUCCCAGUUAAGAAGACACAACCAAAACUAACCCCAGACAUUGUUAGUUUUUGGCCACAGAAAUAAUUGUGUGCAUACUCUCUCCUCCAGUUCUAUCUAAAUGAUAUUUUUUAAAAAUAACAGAAUAACUAUGAUGAUUAAUUAUUGUAUCUCUAGGACAGGUUCAGAAUGUUAACUGCAUAUUUUUUGCAUACUUUUGUAGCAAUUACUGCUCCUACUGACCCCAGUAAAUACACCUAGGGUAAUUCUUAGCAUGGAGCCAGUUUGGAUAUGUGCUCCGUAAGUAUCUCAGGCAAUGGGGCUUUGUAGUAUGUCUGGACGAGCAGUAGGAUUUGCAAAAAGUUAGUCCCUUUUACUUCUCAUCGCAUGAACUGCUUAUACACUUAUGGGAUACUGUAUAGCACCUUCUUAUUCUUAGGUCUUGACUUGUGGCACAUUUAUAGUUUUAAAUCAUCACUUCCUUAACAGAAAAGUGAAAUCCAUAAAAAGGAUUUGCCGGACCUCCGUUACAUUGUGUCCAAAUAAUCUUUCUUAGGUUGACUUGAUACAUUCAGAUUGUUAGACAGUCCCACUGUUCAUUCCGGUGACUGUAAUAAAAGUGCAUUUAAGUUAUCAUUUGCUUUAAAACACUGAUUUUCCUAUUGCAAGUUGGGACUAGAGUUAAUUUGUAUCUUCUAGUGGCAUAUAACAAACUUGUCAUAUCAAAUGUUUUUGACAUGGCAGACACAAAGCCAUCAUUGAUGACAAUACCCAUUCUCACUGGGUAUUUUGUUACAUUAAUCUAUAAAGAGAGAGAUCUGCAAGGAGAGACAGGCAAGGAGGCAGCUGAAUACCACUUCAGGUCCUACUCCAGGGCUGACUCUCUCCUUAAAGGACCAGCUACUACGAAUUCUCUUGUGAGAAGGAUUGCCAUCAUCUUCUGAAAGCAAAUGUUGUGCCUGCCUUGAUUUUAUUAAUGUUACAUGUAACCUUUUUCCAAAGAAAUAAACCAAUAUGAUUUUAAA